AUGGAGUCGCUCACCGCUCCUCUGUCUGCUGCAUUUUCUGCUAUUUUCCCCCGCUCGCCGAGGAUGGCGCUUGACAAGGAAGGAGAUGCGUUGUUGGACAAGGAAGCCGAAGCAAUCAAGAGCGAGUUUCGAGUCGAGGGCAUGACGUGUGGCGCGUGUGUCAAGUCGAUCGAAGACGGUCUGAGAUCACAGCCAGGGAUCUACUCGAUCCAGGUUGCGCUGCUUGCUGAACGGGCGGUGGUCGAAUACGAUCCGGUGUUGUGGACUGAUGACAAGAUCGCCGAGGAAAUAUCCGACAUGGGAUUCGAUGCGACUGUUAUUCCUGCAGCUGCUACUUCCACUCUGGCACUACGUGUAUUUGGAAUGACCUGUGGUUCUUGCGUUGCGACCAUUGAGAAGCAAGUCGCUGCCCUUCCUGGAGUCUUGAGCAUCGCCGUCUCGCUACCCACCGAACGCGCUCAAAUUGAAUACAACCGAGCGCUAGUCAAUCCUCGCGAAAUCGUCGAAUGCGUCGAAGACUGCGGAUUCGAUGCCGUCCUUGCCGACGACAAUGAUGCGACCCAAAUGCAAUCGCUUACCAAGACAAAGGAAAUUCAAGAAUGGCGCCGCCGCUUCUGGACAAGCUUUAGUUUUGCCGUGCCCGUAUUCUUUAUCGGCAUGGUCGCAAUGCAUAUCCCCUUCCUCAUGCCUAUUGUCGGUUACCGGCUUUGCACUGGCAUCUACCUUGGCGACUUGCUGGUCUUUUUGCUCACUAUUCCCGUCCAAUUCUGGAUCGCUCGUAAAUUCUAUCAUAAUGCCUGGAAGGCGGUCAAGCACGGCAGCGCAACCAUGGACGUUCUCGUCAUGCUGGGUACCACAUCCGCAUUCAUCUACUCGUUCCUUGCCAUGUUCUUUGCCAUGUUCAACUCGAACCCCGACUUUCGUCCCGCCGUCUUCUUCGAUACCUCGACUAUGCUUAUCACUUUUGUUUCUCUCGGACGAUACCUCGAGAACCUGGCCAAGGGCAAGACUUCUGCUGCCCUUACCGAUUUGAUGGCCCUCGCCCCGAGCAUGGCGACCAUCUACACCGACGCACCCGCAUGCACCGUCGAGAAAAAGAUCGCCACCGAGCUGGUCCAGGUAGGGGAUACCGUCAAGAUCGUACCAGGUGACAAGAUCCCGGCCGACGGCACACUCCUCAAGGGUACCUCGACAGUCGACGAAUCGGCCGUAACCGGCGAACCCGUCCCGGCUCUCAAGCAAGUGGGCGACUCUGUCAUUGGGGGAACCGUCAAUGGUCUCGGAACGUUUGAUAUGCUCGUCACUCGUGCAGGAAAAGAUACGGCCCUGGCGCAGAUUGUCAAGCUUGUGGAAGAAGCUCAGACGAGUAAAGCCCCGAUCCAGGCGUUUGCUGAUAAAGUUGCAGGAUACUUUGUGCCGACUAUUAUUUUACUCGCCCUCGUCACGUUCUUGGUCUGGCUGAUCAUCUCGCACCUGAUUAAUCCCGAGUCCCUCCCGAAACUGUUCACCGCGCCCGGAGAAACCAAAUUGGCGGUGUGUUUGAAGCUGUGUAUCUCGGUCGUGGUGGUUGCUUGCCCGUGCGCUCUCGGCCUAAGCACUCCAACGGCGAUCAUGGUCGGCACGGGUGUCGGCGCUCAGAACGGAAUUCUCAUCAAGGGCGGCCGCGCUCUCGAAGCAAGCAAAGACGUCCGCGUCGUGGUACUGGACAAGACCGGCACCGUUACCGAAGGCAAACUCACGCUGGUCGACCUCGUCUGGUGCGGGGACGAUUCCGAUUCGCUCGAGGGCCUUGCGGCAGAUGGCCAAACGACCAAACGGGACGCCUUGUCGAUGGUGUCCGUCGCUGAAGCCCGCUCGGAACAUCCGCUUGCCCGGGCGAUUGCGCACUAUGGCAAGGAAACACUCGGUCCCCAUGCAGAGCCUACGAUUGAGAGCUUUGAGUCUGUGACGGGGUUGGGUGUCAAGGCCCGCAUGACCCUAUCGUCGAACGUGGGCAGGACGAUCUAUGUCGGUAGCGCCGCAUUCAUCUCGGACUCACCUCUUCCAUCCAAACUCGUCCAAUUCACCGACCGGGAAACGUCCAAGGGCCGAACCGUUGUCUAUGCGAGCGUCGGCAAGCUCCCGAUCUUGGCUGUGUCGAUGAGUGAUAUCCCCAAGCCAUCGUCCGCACCCGCGAUCAAGGCGCUCCAGAAGAUGGGAAUCAAAGUAUGCCUCAUGACGGGUGACUCGGCUCCGACCGCACACGCGAUCGCUCAAGAAGUCGGGAUCCCUCGGGACUGCGUGUGGGCUGGAAUGUCCCCCAAGGGCAAAGCGUCGAAAGUCGGGGAGAUGGGCAAGGGCGUGGCGAUGGUCGGAGACGGGAUCAACGAUUCGCCGGCGCUGGUCGCGGCCUCGGUCGGGAUCGCGCUUUCGAGCGGGACGUCGAUCGCGGUCGAGGCGGCGGACAUUGUGCUCAUGCGCUCGUCCUUGCUCGACGUCGUGGCUGCACUCCACCUGUCGCGCUCGAUCUUUGCGACGAUCCGACGUAACCUCGUGUGGGCGUGCGUAUACAAUAUCCUUGGUGUCCCCCUCGCCAUGGGCGUCGGUCUCCCGUGGGGCGUGAGUCUGCAUCCGAUGGUCGCGGGCGCAGCGAUGGCGUCUUCGAGCGUCAGCGUCGUCGGGAGCAGUCUCCUCCUGAGGUUCUGGAAACGGCCUGUCAUCGAAGGUGUGGAUGAGAAGGAGCCGGGCGUGCUUCGUGGGGUGUGGGAGGAAGUGAAAGGGCUCGGAAGGACGAGGAGGGAGAGGACGGGGUACGAGGCGCUUCCUGUCGAGAUGGAGGAUCGUGUAUAG